AUGGUAUUGGAAGAAGAAAAAAAAAGUUUAAAGGUUGAGUGUGAGAACAUUGAUGUUGAAAAAAAAAAUGUUGAUGUUGAAGAGGGGGAAUUGACGGAUGAAGAAGAAACACCUUAUGAAAGAAUAUUAAAGGAGGUAAAGGAUUUAAAAAAGAAAGAUUUAAAUAUAUGGAAUGAUAUAGCAAAAAAUUAUAGUGUUCCAUAUCAAAAUAGUUGUUGUAAAUAUUCAGAAAAAGAUAUUCCAGAAAUUGAUCCAUAUGGUGAAGAGGUACAGUAUAAUUGUACUGAUACAAAUAAUUUAGUUUUUAAUGAUUUGACAAUUGACGAAAUUGAUUUAAUAUUUCAAAGAAGAGCUAAAUUAAUGGAAAAUUCUUAUAGUCCAAUGGAACAAUUUAAAAGACCUAGAAUGUGUAAAUAUUUUAGAGAUGGAUUUUGUAGAGAUGGAGAAAAAUGUUUUUUUUCUCAUUUAUUAGAAGAUUCAAAUAGAAAAACAAGAUUAUGUAAAUUUUAUGAAUAUACAAGUUGUAAUCAAAGUAGCACAUGUAGUUAUUGGCAUGGAGAAUUUCCUUGCUACAAGUUUCAUAUUCUUAAAAAUUGUAUGAAAGACAAAUUUUGCAAGUAUUCACAUGAACCAUUGUCACCUUAUGCUAAAGAAGUUUUGGAAGAGUAUGAAAAAGAAAGAUUUGGUUACAAAGAUAUUGAUAAAAAAAAAGAAAAUAUAAAACUUGAUACUGUUAAUUUUGAUAAUCCUCAAAUGGAUAUUGAUUUUAGAAUUUGGAUUCCCAAAUUAGAGUUAUCUGUUGAUCAAAUUAAAGAAUUAAUUAAAGAUGAAAAAAACCAAAGUGGCAAUUUUGAUAAUUUUAAUGAAACAUUAACAGAAAUAGAUGACUCCUUUAACAUUAGAAAUAUAUUUAAUUCAAUGAAAGUAGAAUCUCAUUUAAUGGGGAAAAAAGAUUCUUUAAAUUGGGUAUCUGCCAUAAAACAUGAUUUAUCUUUUGAAAAAAAUAAAAGAAGUUCAUCUCGGGGACGAUUUAAAAAUGAAUAUUCAAAAAAUUCUAAAAGAUCAUAUGAAGACACAUUUUUAGAAGAACCUUUUAAGAAACCUAAAUCUUUACCAUUUAAUCUACAAUCAUCUUGUGAUAAGAGAAAAUCUUCAAAGUCAUAUGAUCGUAAAAAAGUAAAUCACUACAAAAACAAUAGAAAUAAUUUUGGAUUUAAUUAUCAAUAA